AAGAUUUGGGCCAACGCCCUAAAAGGAGACAAAAGACAAAGAAGAAAAUGCUACUAAAGAAAGCUGCAGAUGAUAAGGUGGUGGUAAAGGUGAAUAGCUUUGGUGUUCAUGCAGGUAAAGAAUGGACAGAACUGACCAAUUAUAUUGGUGCCUUAGUGCGGGAUCAUGUUUCCAUAGUGCAUGAUGAAUGGAGACAUGUGAAAGUUAAACUUAAAGAUGAAAUGUGGAACCAUCUUAAGGAAUUGUUCGUGUUGAGUGACAAUUCAAAAAAGCAUGAGGAUGAGCCGGUGAAGUUAGAGUUACCUCCCGCGGAGUACAAACACAUUUCGAAGAAAGAAUGGAAAUUAUUUGUGAAGAAGACUUUCUCCGAAGAAUUUGUGCAAAAAGAACUUGGAGUCAAAAAUCUGGAAGACAUUGAUCGUUGUGAUACGUGGUUGCUUGGCAGGAAAAAAAAGAUGGGACCUAUGAUGAUGAUGUCAAAGAAGUGGCAAAUGAAAUAGAGGACCUGAAGCACAAAGUACAGGAGGGGUCGUUUGUGCCUAGUGGGGAUGCUGAUGUUCUUUCCACUGCUCUUAAGAAAAAACCCAAUGGCAGUAGAGUUCAAGGGUUGGGACACUUCAUAACCCCAACACAAUACUUCCACAGGCCAAAAGAGACAAGAUCUGAGCGGGAAAAGGAGCAUGAGAUGUGUGAGCAAAGGUACAAGAUGAUGGUUCUUAAGUUUGAUGAAAUGAGGACACAAGUGUCACAUGCCAUAAGUGAAAUUGGCAGUUCAAGUAUUCCCAACAAAUCUCCUAUUGUAAAGGCUGCUGAAGAGGUAGAUCAACCAAAAC